CCUCGAUAGGCAGCCAGGUCCAUGGUUCACUACGACACCCGAGUCUACUACUUUGCAUCUGCCAUUACCAGCUGCCCUUCUUCUUCAAGGUUGGAAAUGCAGCACGAUGCGACGACCCUAUGACCAAAAACAACCUUAGCCACUGUCUUGCAUGGCUUCUACAGCACCCACACUCUUUUGACCAUUUAGAGCAUAUAUCUGUAGUUGCCAAUACUGCCAGUGCGCAAUACGAUGAACCACCUGAGACAUCGAACGAUGAGAUGGCAAGAUUGCAGUUUGCUCCGCAGCCGCAGUCUCGUUCCAAGUUGAUGUUACAACCAAACCAGAAUACUGUCUUGCCGACUCCGAACCCCUCUCGUGCCUCUGAAGAGCGCAAACCCUCUCCGAGUCGCGUCAGACGAACAUUCGAGACGCCUUCGGCCCGGCUACUCUCUUCUCGCCCACGAACACCAGUAGGGACCUUUGAAGAAACGAAAGAUAUCAUUGACAUCGACGAGAUUGACCUGACCGAGGAAGCCACUGGCUCUUCCUUUGAAGAGUUCGGCCCACCCACCAGGUUAUGGAAAGAAAGCUCGGCUUCGAGGGUGGAGCCACUAUCUAAGAAGAAAGGGAAGAAGAGAAAGAGCGACGAAUACAAGUCAGAUUUGCUGUCUCCGAGUUCACUUCGGAAUUCAAGUAAGCGUGUCGAGAAGGCUUUAAAACCAUGCAGCGUUUCAAGAGCCGGAAGCAGCCCGCGCCGGGCCUUGAACAAGGAAAACACCUUCGAAGAAAGAAGCCCUUCCAGGCCAAACAAAACUCCCCUUGCUGCUCCUGUGGAAGAAGAGGAAGAUGAAGACGAAUUCCCGGAUGCUGGUUUCAGCCAAGAUCUUCAGUUCUACGAUGCAAUGGAUACUGGUUUGAAUGAAGCACUCGAUCAACCACUUUAUCCAGCAGUGCGCCAUUUCGUUCCAACAAUCUCUCAGCGGCAUCCUGUCUUGACGGCCCUACCGAUCAAAGAUCAACAGGAUAUCAGCCACCUUUCACACACAAUUGACCCAACUCAGGGAAUACCGCGAUCAUCUCAGUCACAUAGCCAUCUCAAAUUAUCGCAGACACCUUCCCAAUCAUUCCCUCCAGCCAGCAAAUUUGGAUCUUCUCAGCAGACUAAAUCAAAGCCCGAAACAGUUUUCAAAAGCAGUGGCAGCAGCCUCAGCCAGAACAAGGAUCUUACUGAGGAUAAGACACGAAUCAUCAAUAGCUUUAUCAAGUCCGGUGCAAGUCUUUGCCAAAGCCUACUGGAACGGCUGCAGCAGUCCCACCGUUCUGUAAAGAGAGCAAUUCUGGACGAGAUUUGCGACAAUGGUGGACCACCAUCGCGGGAAAAGCAGGAGACUCUCAAAGAUAUCGAGUACAAGAUCUGUGCUACGGGUCAAUUGCUGGACGAGCAUGGGGUACUGCAGAAGGCUCUGGAUCAGCAGAAUUACCUCAUGAAGCAACGUUACGAGCUUGAGGAGGCUAACCACAUCAUCGACUUCGACGAUCCUACGGAUGAGCUGAUGCAAAUCUGCAACAAUAUCAGACGGACAAAGCAUGAUGUUGAUGCUCGACGACAUUCGGUAUUGAAUCUCUUACAGAAGGCCGGUGUUUCUAUGACAAGCGAAAGUCCUCUGCCCCGGAUGAGCAAUAAUGACCAUCCGUCACCUCAGAGAGCAUUAGUUGGUAAAAGCGUGCUAGUAGCAUCGACGCAGAAAGCAUCUCGACAUAUAUCUCCCAUCAAAACCCACGAAGACGCUCAAGACCUUACUCAUUUGUCCACACAAUCAGUCAGGCAAACCCCAGUCUCACAGCGAGUCGUCACUGUCGAUAACAGUUUGGGACUACGAAAUCCAAUCCGUCCACAAAGCAGGUCGCCACAACCUUCAUCUUUGCGGGCCAAGUCAGCCCAUCCUCCCACGACGUUAAAUGCUGUCCCACGGAUUCCCGAAUCUCCGCGUCAGGUCCACAUGACUUCGUACGAGGAUGCCGAGGAGUAUGACCAGGGUUACUCUAGGACCAUGGCCAGCCCUGAUCGCGAUUAUGCUGUCAACGACGAUGAUUUCGGCGAAUUCAGUGACGAAGACUUGAUGUAUAAAGUUGCGGAGGAAUACGACCAGACGCUGCCAAUCGCGCGCAGUGUGUCACCUUCAUCUCGCGGACGUACGGCUCUGAGCGAAGUAAGUGAGAACAUCCGCAGAACGUCACCGCAAAAGAGCACCACCAGGAUUGACAACGCUCCUCACGCGAAUCUCAUGCAACAUUCGUGGUCAAAAGAUGUAGCCUCGGCUUUGAAAAAAAGAUUUCAUCUCCACGGUUUCCGUCACAAUCAGUUGGAAGCUAUCAAUGCCACUCUUAGUGGCAAAGAUGCCUUCGUACUGAUGCCGACGGGCGGAGGAAAAUCUCUGUGUUAUCAAUUGCCAUCAAUCGUACAGAGUGGCCACACAAGAGGAGUUACAGUCGUGGUCUCUCCGUUGCUCAGUUUAAUGCAAGAUCAAGUCGACCACUUGAACAAGUUGCGCAUCCAAGCGGUCCUCCUCAACGGCGACAGCACUAAAGAAGCUCGGAAUUAUCUGCUCACCACACUCAAAGGCCCUUACCCUGAGAGGUUCGUGCAGCUGCUGUACAUCACACCAGAGAUGUUCAACAAGAGCCAAGCCAUGGUUAGAGCCCUACAAGAUUUACACCAAAAGAGGAGGCUUGCUCGUAUCGUGAUUGACGAGGCACACUGUGUGAGCCAAUGGGGCCACGAUUUUCGACCUGACUACAAAGCUCUAGGUGAGAUACGCAAAAAGUUCCAAAGCGUUCCUGUCAUGGCUUUGACCGCAACCGCAACGGAGAACGUGAAAAUCGAUGUCAUGCACAACCUGGGCAUGGAGCAUGCUGAAGUCUUUACCCAAAGUUUCAACAGACCGAAUCUCACCUACGAGGUAAGGCCCAAGGGCAAAGGGCAGGCUGUGCUGGAUGGUAUUGCCGAGAUCAUCGAUACGUCAUAUAAAGACCAGGCUGGCAUAGUCUACUGCUUGUCAAGAAAGAACUGCGAAGCUGUCGCGGAGCAGUUGAGAAACAGUUAUGGAAUCAAUGCGCAACAUUAUCAUGCGGGUAUGUCCUCAGAGGAGAGGAUCGAUAUCCAGAAGAAGUGGCAGGCUGGCACCUUCCUUGUGAUCGUUGCCACCAUUGCCUUUGGAAUGGGAAUUGACAAGCCGGAUGUCCGCUUUGUCAUCCACCACACGAUCCCGAAGAGCCUGGAAGGGUAUUACCAGGAGACUGGCCGUGCGGGUCGAGAUGGCAAAAAGUCGGGCUGUUACCUGUACUAUGGCUAUGGCGAUACCACUUCUCUGCGGCGUAUGAUAGAUCAGAGCGAAGGCAGCUGGGAGCAGAAGGAACGACAAAAGCAGUUGCUAAGAAACGUGGUCCAAUUCUGCGAAAAUCGAAGUGACUGCCGACGGAAACAGGUUCUCAACUAUUUCAAUGAGCACUUUGAUCCCGUUGAGUGCAAGAAUGGGUGUGACAACUGCACCUCAACUAGCACAUUCGUGACCGAAGACUUCUCUGACCACGCUCGAGACAUUAUCAGCCUAGUGAACAGAGUUCACCGUGACCACGUCACGGUGUUACAUUGUGUCGAUGUUUAUCGUGGCGCAAAGUUGAAGAAGAUUACUGACCUCGGGCACGAUCAGCUUGACGAAUUCGGGCGGGGCUGUGAUUUAAUCAGAGGAGACGUUGAGCGACUUUUCAACCGCCUGAUCUGGGAGGAUGCUCUAGAGCCGUUUAACCAGACCAAUCGCUCUGGCUUCACGACAGAAUACAUAAAGCCUGGUCCCAAUGCUCGCGUAUUUGUGGAUGGCCGCAGGCCAUUGAAGAUUCAAGUCCUCGCCUCUCCGUGUAACAAGUCACAGGCCAAAGUUGCGAAGUCCCGCAAGAAGACAAAAGGCACUGGAGUUAUGGCGGCAGCAGAUGAUUAUCCUGCUUCUACCAAUGUGUCCUCCCCAAUCCAACCUCGCUCACGUGGCAAGCUUGUUCAGCGAGGCCAGAUGCAAGAGUCCGAUGACGAUUUUAUUGUUCAAUCGAGUGAGGAAGAUAACAUUGGUGCCAGACGGAGGGCGAAGAGGAAAGCGAAUGUCGACUCACGCAGUGCGCCCAUCACAACUGACGAAGAUAUAAGUGCUCUUAAUGAAAUACACCAGCAUAUUCUCGAAGAUUUCGUCGAGAGAGCCAAAACGGAUGUACAACGUAUCGUGAUCGCCAAAUCUCUGCGGAGGAAGCCAAUCACUGAUCGAAUGCUUCGGCAGAUUGCCAUCAACUUUCCACAGAAUGAACAACAGCUCAAAGAACUUACAGGACUCAACGCCGAUAUGUACAAGGUCUUCGGACCACUGUUACUUCGCCUAAUCACCACCAGCUACAACAACUACGAGGCCAUGAUGAGGGCACAGGAAGACCGACCAGAUGAUCCCAACCACCAGACAGUGGUUGAGAUCAGUGACGACGAGAUAGAAGGAGAUGAUGACUUCAAUGAAAGCGACUUCGACAUGGAAGAGGCCGAGAGUAGUCACUACUUCAGUGUAAGUGACGAAGUCAGUCAAUUCAAUCAACGCAUGUCACAAAUGCAAACCUCAGAAAUUCCGUCGAGGGCAGCGCCAAAGAAGUCUGAGUCAAGGUUGGGUUCAGGUUCUUGGGGUCGCCGCGGUGCUCGGGGGUAUCGUCGAGGAGGCGGUAGUGGCAGCUCCAGAGCAAAGUCGAAAGCGUCAUCGAGCACAACAAGCGUUGGUAAGAAGAAGCGGGGAGGUUCAAGUGCUCGCUCAAGUAUCGGGAGUUUUGUCUACAAAGGCGGCUCUAAAGGAGGUCGAGCUGGAGGAGCCAUUGGGAUGAUGCCUACUUGAACCUGAAUUUACGAUCACGAAUGAUUUACUUACCUAUAUCGUUACGAGCAGCUCACCCCAACUUCAG